GGAAACGAACUCAGAAAGAGCACAUAAAUCCUAAAGUCACAGGGAAUCGUUCACCGCGGGAACUUAGAAAAGGAAAAGAUGGAGUCAUAAGAGCUGCAAUAAUAGAAACUCCGUAUAGAGAACACUUUACAAGACUGAUAAACAUGUCAUAUCCCCUUGAGGUCAACAAUGAGUCUGGCAUAGAAAGAAAAGAAACUAAAAAUAAACCAGAGAAAGCCGAAGAACCCAUUGCACUGAGAACAAGAAGCAAAAAAUAA